AGCUUGUACGAGAUCCAUUUAUUGUUAAACGUAGCAGCAAAUUUAUGUAAUUGUAGAUUCACCUAAAUGAACGAGGCAAGCAGUACAACUGGUACGCAUAGAGCAGUGUGAGAUGUCGAAGGCAAAAUACUAAGCAAAACGAAACCGUUGAUGAAGCACAGCUGUUGGUCCCCGCAUAAAGGGACCGCCUCGCUUCCUAUAUUUGCUUUCGCUCACUUCAAGAUCAGCAGAGAUAUGCUGCUACGUAAAGUGUACAUCACGUGCGUACUUUUCGGUUCCCUUUAUAGCUGCGUGGGAUCAGGUGACUCGGAUUUGAACAGAAUCAUUCAUCACAGGAAUCUUCUGAAACACCUUUUCGACCCAGAGAGGUACACCAACGACGUUCGUCCGGUCUUCUAUCACACGAACGUAACGGUGUUGACAUUAGACCUGCUGAUCCAGGAGAUUGCCGAUAUGGACCAUUCAAGGCAGACGGUCAAAGUGAACGUUAUCAUCUCCGCGAAAUGGAGAGACGAGUUCUUGACGUGGAAGCCUGACGACUAUGGUGGCGAAGAUUUUAUCACAGUCCCAGCUGAAAAGAUAUGGGUACCGGAAAUCGCCGCCAUGAAAGAUCUUUCGCCUCUCCUGACGUCAUCACGACCAGGUGGCAGUUACGGCCGCCCGAUGGCGCGCGUGAACGCGUCCGGGUCCGUUUCGCUGGACCACUUGAAGCAGCUGCCGGCCAGUUGCAUCGCCACGCCGGAGGGUUUCUGGUCGAGCCGCUACGACUGCCAAAUGGUCGUGCACACGUGGGACAUCGACGGUCGCGAGGUGCGCUUGCAGGGCAGUGUGCGCGUCGACGUCCAGGACAACCCAGCCUGGGAUGUGUCGCAGCCGAGGGUCAAGAUCCUCUUCCAUGCCGCCAUGGUGGUGUUCCUGUCCCUAUCGGCAACGCUUUCUGCCGUGUCCCUGGCUUGGGCCGUCGCCACUCACAAGUUGCUGCACUCCGCCGACCGAUGCGAGGCUCCCCGAGGCCUGGUCCACUUGUUGGAGACGCCUUUCUGGCAGUUCCUCUGCGUCGGCGGCUUCCAGCCGGCUUCGGCGGCGGCCGCGCGGGAAACGGAGAUGGAGCACCUCAGCCACGAACCACAAAUGGCGGCCGAGGUGGCGGCCCCGGCUUCGACCAAUCAGGAGCCGCGACUCAGGGAGGAAUGGCGCGCCGUGUCGCGAGCUGUCGACCGGGCGCUGUUCGUCGCCUUCGUCGUGUCGUUCAUCUCGUUUCGUCUGGUGUUCGGGGGGCCCCACUGGGGGGCGAGUUCGCGCGUUGAUGAACAACACUAGCAAAUCCCGCUGAAAUGACGACGACAACAACAAUAAUAGUAAUAAUAAUAAUAAUCAAUCAAACAAAUCAAACGUUUAUUACAGUGACAUAAAAACUGUUACAGCGCAAACACAUGCAACCACAAAGUAUAAGGGACAGGACACAAGUGCCCAGGAACAGCUACGUAGCUUUCGUACUGGUGCGCUUAAAAAGUAAUACGCGAGACAAAAUGUACAGAGAAGACAAACGCGGUUGACAAAACGACGUGAAGUGGAGAAACGAAAAUCCGGGUACACCUAAGCACUUCUUAUGAGCUGUGAAUUAGAAGGCGUUAAUGUCCAAUUGAACGCCGCUGAGUGGUCCUUCGAGUUUUGCGCUGCGAGUAAUGUUACCUUAGCCACGGCCGCUCAAUACUAGCCGUAACUGCACUGGAACGUUACGAUUUUUUCUACUCUCGAACGAAACCGAAAAGAAAGAGAUAAGUGACGCAUCAAUCCGUUAGAGAUUAUUGGCGGAUUUAAUGCGUAAUUUAUCUGAUGGUUAGUGCAUAAUUGGUAAUACGUUUUGUGUAAUGAUUAUUACGACAGGUGGCACAUACCCAGGGACACAUACCCAGUGACCCAAGAUGGUAUCACAGAGGUUCAUUAAAAAUUAAAUUAUGAGGUUUUACGUGCCAAAAACCACGAUCUGAUUAUGAGGCACGCCGCACUGAGGGACUCCGGAAAUUUGGACCACUUGGGGUUCUUUAACGUGCACCUGAAUCUAAGUACACGUAGGUUUUCGCAUUUCGCCCCCAUUGGAAUGAGGCCGCCGUGGCCGGGAUCCGAUCCCGCGACCUUGUACUUAGCAGGCCAACACAAUAACCACUAAGAGAGAGAGAAAACAUUUAUUUGGACCAUCGAGGUCAUCGAUCUUGAGCUCGAGCGGAUGGUGUCCUUAUUCCCGGACUCCACUGGCCAUGGCUGCUCGACGUACUUGCUGGACGAGGGCUUCUUGUCCCGCCAGGGUAUCGCUGGUCAGCUGUACCUCCCACAGCUCAAAUGACGUGCUAGGCGUCUUUAGGUGUUGAGGUUUGCUCCCGCACCUCCACGAGAUGUCAAAGAGUGUAGGGCGUGUGUCGCCUCACCAGGGGCAGAUGCCGCGAUAUGUAUGUGGGUACAUUUUGCUGUAUCUGCAGCAACCACGGAGGGUGAGAGGUUCAUUGAAAAUCUGCACGUGCCCAGUGACACGUGACCGGUGACCCAAGUUGGCAGAUACCCUGUGACACAUACACAAUGGCCAAAAUUGUCGCGAAACGAAAACAGUUAUCCCGAUAGAUGCCGCAAAGUGCGCUAAGUAUACUAAGAAUUCUAAUAGCAAUGAAGUUUUUGGUUCAGGCUGGCCACCUUCUCGUGAGCCUUACACUCGGGCAUUGCCUGCAGUUGCGGCUCAUCUGUGUUACCUCAUCUCUAAACACGCGCGAGUUUGUCGUCAACAAAGACGUGUCGGCACCGUUAGUGCGGCUUUCGACGUGUCGUGUCGACAGGAAGCCAUGUUAGUUUCACGCGGGGUUAUUGGAGAGAGAGAGAGAGAGAGAGACAACUUUAUUUGCCACUUCAGGGUAGGAAGUUAGGGCAGGUAGGCCUAGUGUGGCUCCCAGGUGGGGGCGACGUCUUGGGCCCACGAGACGAGUGCCAGUUGCGUUUUCUUUUCUGCUCUUGUCUGCUUGUCUUCUUGUCUGGUUUUUGGAUAUUGGUGACAGUCAAAUAUCAUCUGGUGGCGGGAGUAUAUGUAAACGCUGAAAUGGAAAAGAAAACGGCAUUCUAGAUUGACGCUUGCUUUUGAGUACACUGUCAUAUAAACGGAAGUAGGUAAACUGAAGCAAAACACGCCAUGAUAGUGGUAAAUGGUGAGUGGUCCGCCUUGCAUGCUGCUAAUUAAAAGCGCGAGAAAAUGACGAGGAGAAAGAAGAGGAUGGUGCUAGCGGUUAAAUACACCCAACUGCUAUACCUAUUUUCCAGCUCAACGUGAUAUGUGUGAAAUUGGAGGACCGAAGAAUACAGGAAAAACCACGUACGAAAAUCACGGGCCACAAUAUAAAGUAGAGCGAACAGUCAUAUUUGCCUAAGCGAUGUGUCCUCCCCGUGCAACGUAUAAAAAAAUCGUGGCUCGUUUGUUGAUGAAUAAGUUCAGGGUACGGUGGCGCAUGACGCGUCGUAAUGCUUUUGCGGCUAGAGUUUAACGUUGAUGUGGAAAAAUGGAGUCGUCGAAGUAAUUGGUUGGCCCUGUCGUUUUCUUUGCCCCCUUCUAUUUCUCACACUGUUGCUUGCAGUGAGUCACCACUUAGACCCACACUGUACUGCUGCUCCAGUUCUUCGACAGCGCCGAAACCAAAGGCAGUGGGUGGGCAUGUACCAAAUGCGGGAGCGACAUCCAAGCGGCACAAAUGCCGAAAUAUUUUGCGUCGGUCUGUUUGUCCACCCGUGCGUCCGACGCUGACAAUGUUCACUGCAGUCGCCGCCUUCGGUGGUAGAGUGACGCAACUGAAUGAAGACAAAGACGAUCGGCGACAAUCUCGACGAAGAAGACGAUGUCACAACAGCUUCGAUCAACAAAACGGAUACGAUUUUUUACAGUCGAAUUUUUAUAAAUUUUCCUUGCAAUA